AGCGUGGUCCCAGUUUGAUAAAAACGUGAACUCCCCACACCUUCCGCCCGCGCAGUGUUCAAGCAUCAUCAUGAGACGCCAUGGCUGGCAACCUCCUCUCCACCCUCUACAGAUUGUGGCAAUGGCAAUUUACAGUUUUCUCGUAGCCGCGUUCUAUACUUUCCUAGGGCUUUUCCUUGGAAACAGAACCGCCGAAAUUGCAAUCACGACAAUAUUUUCGUUUGUGGCCGUUUCCGCUAUGUUUCUGUUCGUAAGGUGCGUCGCCAUUGAUCCAACUGAUAAAAUCAGUGUCCGGAAAAAGAAGAAGAUGAAUUCCAAAUCGGAAUCAAAAUUGAAAUCGAAAUCGAACCUAAAUUAUGGAUUGAUACUUGGAGAAAUCGUUUCGAGGCAAUUUAGGAAAAUGGAAAGGAAGAUUCUCAAAACAUUCAUCCGGAGGAAGUAUCUGGAUCCAUGGAAGGUGAGACCUCAGAUGGAGCCUUUGAUCCCUUUUCCUCUUGUAAUGAAGGAUGAUGUGGUCACUUCGGAUCAUAACGAGGAGGAUUUAACAUUUUGCUCUCUUUGUAAUUUCGAGGUGAAGAGGCAUAGCAAGCACUGUCGAACCUGCAACCGCUGCGUUGAAGGAUUCGAUCAUCAUUGCAGGUGGCUAAACAACUGUGUUGGGAAGAAGAACUAUACCACAUUCUUUCUUCUGAUGAUAUCCGUAAUGUUAAUGCUAGCGAUCGAAGGAGGAGUGUCCAUUGCCAUAUUUGUUAGGUGCUUUGUAGAUAAAAAAGGAAUGGAAAUGGAGCUGCAAAGAAGGUUCCACAUAGAGUUUCCAAGGGAAGUGCUUGCCACAAUCACAGUCUUACUUGUGUUGAUGACGGCUUAUGGUUCCGCAGCGCUUGGACAACUAUUUUUCUUUCACGUAGUUCUCAUACAAAAGGGAAUGAGAACAUAUGACUACAUACUCGCCAUGAAAGAGGAGAGUCAAUUUAUUAUCGACGACGACGAUUCAUUCGACGAAAACUCAGAUUACUCUUCUGAUGAUGAUUUUGAUUUGCCUGAGAAGAAGCCAACUUUCGUGUCACGUUUUAUCACGUGCCAAGGAGGACGAGUCAAAGAGGACUCGACACAAUUAUCCAGAAAAAUAGAUGCAAAUCCCCAGAGUACAUCCACCGUGAAACAAGACCUUCGUAUCAGUAUCGAUCCAUGGAAACUGAUAACUCUGAGCACAGACAAGGCACUUGCAGCAGCUGAGAGAGCUAAGGAAAGACUAAAGAUAUCCAAUCACGACUACCUGAAGCCUCUGCCACUAGAGACGAAAUCUGGCCUACAGAAUAAUUCUAAUACUAAUACUAGUAAUUGUGAUAAUAUAGAUGGAAGGGGAAGUUGGGGGAAUGCAAAAGGUGAGUUGCUGCCUAAGGCUAAGGGAAGGGUCCCUACUGGUUCCCCUGGAAGUUUUUCGAGCCCAAGGAAGCGAUGCUCGGGCUCUCCGACCACAGUUCCAGCCCCAGACACUACAGCAUCAAUAUCUCCAAAGCACAGGAAGUACAGAAGCAAUUUUGACCUCAAGUUGACAGAAGUGUCCAAAGAGCUCGAGACUUAUAUUUCAAGACAGGUUUUAUGCUCCAUCAUCAAGGAGGAGAGUAUGGUCUCCCCGAGAUAGUGUUCUUUCAACCGUUUUGAACAUAGUGCGACCCGACCCAACCCAACCCCGACCAUGUAUGAAUAGCUAUUACUGAAUUCUUCUUCCCAAAGAAAUCUUGCUCAGCUAUCAUUUAAGAAACUCAGUUCAUACAUUACACCCACACUAACUUUUGUGUA